AUGAUAGCGUGUCUCCACGCGUCAGACGGAGGAAGAGAUUUCAGCAUUCGUCCGUUAAUUCCGUCAUCUCCACCAGUUUUUCCAUCUUCAUCUUUUGGAUACAGACUAGAGCCUCCGACUUGGUCGGAGGAACUCGUCAACCGCAUAUGUCGCUCAUGCUCUAGUCGCUUCACCGACAGCCGCUCCAUUGGGUCUUCAUCUUCCGCUUGCGAUGCUCUUCAGGCGCCAAAAGGGCUGAUCCCUGCACGUGAGUUGAUGGCGUCGAUGAUUCCUCUUAAACACGGAAGCAAUGAUAAGGGCGGUCUGUUCACAGGUCUACCAGGCGGUCACGUUUGUCCAAGUCUGAGGAGACCAGCAGAUCGCCUUGCUCAACGAAAUCUGAGGAGUUUGUCUCGUUGGAGCAGGAAGAAACCACCUGGUCGCAAACGGAAGUUCUGGACUGAGGUGAUGAAAGAGGACCUCAGGACACUGGGGGUUGAUGGACAGUUCAGGCGGGACGUAAGGUUUCGCAGGAUAUGGAAAAGCGACGAAUGGAUUGAUUCCGUGCAAGCUCUCGCUGAAGAUUGGGAAAGCUGGGCAAUAUUCGAGGACGCCACAUGUCGGCGAAGAUGCAGAUAA